AUGAAACGAGCCUUGCUUCUUGUAUUGGUGAUUGUGGGCUGUCUAGCAACAGAAUUUGAUCAAUAAAUAGCUGAACUAGAAGAAACAUAAUUUGGAUAAACAAUUUUACAAACAAUUCAGAUGGAGAUGUAAACAGAUGAUCCAGUAGUCUCUAAUUUGGUUGAUAUAAUGCAACACUUAGAACAAACAUUGGAAGGAGAGCAAAAAAGAGAUGAUGAGAGAAUUGUAAGAUUCAAAUAGAACUGUGAUAUUGCUUUGAGCUAAUUGACAGAAAUUAUUAACACAAGCACUGUCACUUCCCUUACUUUGAAGAGUGAUUUAGAUUCAUUGAACCCAUAGAAAGUAUAAGCAGUGGCUAGUUUGGAGAGAAAGAAUCUAGAAAUCGCAGAUUUGAAGGCAGAAGUAGAUUAUUAGACAUUGAAGAGACAAAAGGAAUCAGCCACCUACUAAACAAUUCUGGACAAUCUUGAAUAAGCAUUAUUCGGAGUUAAUUAAGUCAAAGGAUACUUCAAUAAAUACUUGGAUGUGUUGGUAAAGAACAGAAAUAGAUUCUAAUAACCAUAACCAUCAUUCCUUUAAGAAGAUUUCAGUUUCUAAUACAAUGAUGAAGAUGUCGAAGAAGAUAUUGAUUCUAAGGGAAUUUCCUCAUUUGCUUAAGUGGCUCAAAAAGUCAAUAAAUUAAAACAUCAUGUUCAUUUGGAAGGCUAUAAAUCCAUAAUUGAAAUUCUGAGUCAAUUGGCUAGUUAGGCUUAAACUUCAGCAGAUGAACCAAGUCAAUGUGAAGUGUUGACUAGAAAGGUCUUGUCAAUUCUUAAACAAAUUGAAAAUUACAUUUAAUCAGAAAGAAUCAGAGAGGAUUAAGCUGAAAAUCUCAGAUAAAGCUCAUAUGAAGAUUUGAGAACUCUCUUAUCUGAUCAAUUGGUUAAAGCCAAUCAAGAUAAAACUUAUAUGGAAGGAUUGAUUGAUUCCUUAUCAAACAGAAUCCAAUAAGCCAAAAAUGAAAAAUUCGAAGUUGAUCAAAAGAUUUCCAUCAAAUCAAAAGAGAAAGAAAACAGAGAUAAUGAUUGUAGAUUGAAGAGAUAAGAAUACGAAACUGAUACUGCCAGCAGAAUCAAAUAAAAGAGAUCCGUUGCUGUAGCUGUAGAUUUGAUAUCCUCCAAAUUAGGAUAACUCAAGAGAAAACUAAUAGCAAAUUGAUUAGAAUCAUUAUUAAAAUACAGUUUACAUUAUUUUUCUUUCUUAAA